AUGGGUUUUAGGGUAAAUUCAGAUAAAAUACUGGAAAUUGAAAGAUCGCUGUCUUCUCUCAGUGAUCUCAACCCUAUACAAGAUUUGCUGGGUUAUCUCAACGCCGAUGGCGUCGACGGGAGAGUGAAGCACAAGACGCUGUUUGUACUGCAGAGGGUAUUCAGCACGCUCCUCGUCAAUGGCAGAAUCCUCGGCCUGAAAUCCACCUCCGACAACGAAGCCAUCACUCUCACUAAGAAAUGGUUGCUGGACAAGUACACGAGGUUUUUCAACACUCUAGGCACUCUCUUUCAUUCCACAGAACACAGCCUGAGAAUUACCUCUCUACACAUUUCCAUGUCUCUACUACGCACAGAAUCAUCCUACAUUUCAAACAAGACAGUCCCACCUUCUCCACAAUUCGCUAUUGAUUCCUUCCGCAGAAUAGUUAGACCCUUGCUCAUCAAUAAGAAGCCCAUGUUCGACGAUGUACGCAGCGAGUGGCUCGACAAGUGGAUUGGUAAGUGCGACGACAUCCGCUACUUCUUCUUCAAGGAAACAAUACACCUCUUUAGAGAGUUCGAUGCGGUCUCCUCCCCACGUCCAAAACACCUCACUUCCAAUGUCCUGACUUUGCUUGAAAAUCUUCACUCUAUGCCUACACAUCAAUCUGAAAUCGACGAGUUUUGGGUCCCUGAGAUAGCUAGACAGGAGAAGGAGCAAGUCAAGGAAUCAAAUCUCGAGCAGUCUAAACAAGACAACCAAGACUGGACUGCGUACUUUGACCAGAUGAUCGCUGACGAGGAGGAGGAGAAGGAGAGCAAAGCAACUGACAAGAACUCCAAGAAAAACAAAGUGCGCGACACCAUAAGUCUCAGUGCACACAGAGCCAUGUACUCUGGUGUCUGGCUGACGAUGCUAAAGUGUCCGACCGGGUUAGAUGUGAAUGAGAACAGAAGGGCGUUGAUAGUACUCCACCAGCUCGUCAUUCCAUUCCUAAAGCCAUCCGAAAGAGCUAGUUUGGCAGACUGGCUGAGUGAUUGCUGCGAUGCUGGCGGUGUCAAUGCUCUCCUCGCCCUCAAUUCGCUAUGGAGAUUAAUGCGCGACCACAAUCUCGACUACCCCGAUUUCUACAAAAGGUUGUAUGCAUUAUGCGACAGAAAUGUGUUGCAUGUGCUAUACAGGGCGCGAUUCUUCCGUAUGUUAGAUCUGUUCCUGAGUUCGACGCACCUUCCCGCGUUACUGGUUGCAGCUUUCAUCAAGCGUCUCAGUCGCCUAUCCAUUUCUGCCAGCCCAGCUGCCAUAGUGAUGCUCAUCCCAUUCACUUACAACCUCCUCAAAAGACAUCCGGGGUGCAUGCACCUCAUACACUCAGAUCGCGCAGUGCAGGGUGUAGAUGCGGACAUGUACACCUUCGAUGAACCUGACCCUAUGCAGUCGAAUGCUCUAGAUAGCUCCUUAUGGGAACUCGCAUCGCACCAAUCUCACUACCAUAGCAGCGUUAACAGAUUAGCUCUCAUUCUUUCACAGGUCUUCUCUAAACCUAAUUUCGCUCUCGAAGACUUUCUCGAUCAUGCCUAUAAAACCAUGUUCGAUACGGAGAUUCGCCGUAAGAUUAAGACCACCCCCGCAACUUACGACGGUAAGAGUGUAGGUGUGUUUGGAGGACACAAACGGAAAUUGGAUAGCAUUGCUGAUGUCGAUGAGAAAAACGCCAUUGGUAGUAUUCAAGGUGAUAUUGUUGCUCAGUUGUUCGAGUUCUAG